AUGGCUCUUCUGCAACUGGAACCCCUCAAUUUCACUAUGAAUGGCAUGAUGCCCAUCCCUGGAUUCCCCAUGCCACCCGGCGGGUUCCCGCCGUUCGUCGGUGGCGGACAUCCCGGUAUGCAGUCCGGAUGGAACGCUGGCGGCGAUGACCGCGGUGGCCCCGGUCCCAUUCGCCGUGGAGGUAUGAGCGGUAGCCGUGGAAACUACCGAAGCGGUCCCUAUGACCGACGCCCGAAUCCCCGUUGGGACGGUGGUAUGAGGGGAGGAGGCCGCGGUGGCGCCGGCAAGUGGGGAGACGGUGCUGCCGGCGGUGGAGCGGCUGUCGGCCCACGGGAGGCCACUCAGGGACGUAGUCUCAAGAGCUACGAGGAUCUCGACCAUGUCGCUGGCGGCGGCGGCGGAGAGCUGAAUUAUUAG